CCAAUUUUUCCUCCCCUCCUUAUCGCACCUCUCCGGAGGGUGAUCUCGAUCGGAUGGACUUUGGCACGAGGCAGAUUACUGUUCCUUAACUGUCGUGUAAACAUCGCGCAUAAAUCAUCGUCAUUUUCUCGGUCGGACCCGGCCGGAAGUGGUGCCUCCGACGAUGGAGGUCAUCAGUUAGAUGGUUUCGACAGGACAGGAGGAUGGAAACGCCGGCCGGUUGAACGAUGGUUCAAGGCAAAGCGAUCGCGUUACAUCGCCGCUGUCUCGCCCAGGCACGUCCGCGCGCUCCCUUCCUCUAUUUCCCUUUGCUUUGCUUUGCCCUACGUACCCUAUCUGCCUACGGGUCGCGGCGCGAGCAGAUCGCAUGCGGGUGCAUGUGCCGCUUGGAUGUAACGCUUGCGCAGUCGUCGAGCAUCGCACCAGACAGCUCGCCGCGACGGGUGCAUCUCGACGCGGCAGUCCGCGGUCGUCUUCUAAGGCGGGCUCAUUUAGAGUCGCUCCAGCAUCCGGCAUCAACGCGCGGCAAACGCUUCCCUUCGAUCGGACUCGGCGUCGAUCCGCGUUUCCUCCCGCUCCUCGUCUUUCUUUGCCCGACCUUCCCCUCGAUCCUACCUCCUCGAGAACCGGAGGGUAGUCCCGGUGGCGGAGUCGGAUGGACUCUGGCGCACGUGCGGCUGGACCACGCGUGUUUCCCAACUUCCGCGUUUCUCCAAAUCAAUGCUGAGAGCUCUCUCGUUUUAUGGAUAACCUGACCGUCCAGGAAGUCGCUUACCAGACGGUUCGUUGCUUCCGACGAUAAAGCGGUAGCUCCGUCGAAUCUCUCGUGUUUGCAGAUCGGACCUCUCGUCGGCGAGGCCUAGGAAAGGCUAGAGAAGCUAGUCGAGUGAAACGAGGCGACGUCCGCCGCCUCGCGACCCGGGAAGGUCGCGUAGGCGUCGUGGUUGGGCGUCGGGGUCGUCGACACGACGGCGAGCGCGCCGAGGAGGAGAACGAGGAGGAGGAAGAGGAGAAGGAGGUGGUCGACGACGGAGGAGGCCACGGUACGCCGCGUUAACGUUUCGGCUAAUGGUCGAAACGUCGAUCCGUCACUUUACGCUCAAGUUCCCGAUGCUGCAGCCACCGUCUCCCCUCCUGGAGAUGGCGUCCCUGCGUUUACCGGACUCGGACGAGUUCGACGUUGACACGCGACGCAGGAGCAACAACGUGCCGGUUACGACGGCGGUCGCGCCACCGGCUACCGGCACCCUGCACCCGCGGAACGAUCUCGGCGAUUACCUCAACAACCUGAUCACGGAGGCGAUCGCGACGACGAGUCCACGGGCGACCAUGGACGAUCACCAGGUCGGGCUGUUCAACGCCAGCGAGAUCGCGAAUCAGUCGGCGAUCGACGAUGUACACGCGUCCGAUCGGCUGUACAGGCACAGCAUGGCCAUGUCGGCGGUCUACUGCGUGGCGUACGUGGUCGUCUUCGUGGUCGGCCUGAUCGGCAACAGUUUCGUCAUCGCCGUCGUGUACCGGUCACCCCGCAUGCGGACCGUCACGAAUUUUUUCAUCGUCAAUCUCGCGGUGGCCGAUGUGCUCGUGAUCGUUUUCUGCCUGCCGGCCACGCUCAUGAGCAACAUCUUUGUCCCAUGGAUCCUGGGAUGGUUUAUGUGCAAGGCAGUCGCUUAUAUACAGGGAGUUUCUGUGGCAGCCUCCGUAUACAGCCUAGUCGCGGUUUCCUUAGACAGGUUUUUGGCGAUUUGGUGGCCGCUGAAAUGCCAAAUUACGAAACGACGGGCCCGCAUGAUGAUCGUCGUGAUCUGGUUCAUCGCUCUGACGAUGACGUCACCGUGGUUGCUGUUCUUCGAUCUGGUCUCCAUCUACGAAGACGACCCCGAUCUGCGUCUCUGCCUGGAAACGUGGCCGCAUCCCGAGGACGGCUCGCUCUUCUUCCUGAUCGGCAAUCUGCUCCUCUGCUACGUGCUGCCGAUGAUUCUCAUAUCUCUCUGCUACAUUCUCAUAUGGAUCAAGGUAUGGCGCAGGCAUAUCCCCACCGACACCAAGGACGCCCAAAUGGAGAGGUUACAGCAAAAGUCGAAGGUGAAGGUGGUCAAGAUGCUGGUCGUGGUCGUCAUACUCUUCGUCCUCUCGUGGCUGCCUCUCUACGUGAUCUUCGCUGUGAUCAAGCUGGACGUCGUACAGGAAGAAGACGAGAUCCUGCCGAUCGCCACGCCGAUCGCCCAGUGGCUGGGCGCCAGCAAUUCCUGCAUCAAUCCGAUCCUAUACGCCUUUUUCAAUAAGAAGUACCGGCGCGGCUUCAUCGCCAUCCUCAAGAGCGGUCGGUGCUGCGGUAAGCUCAGGUAUUACGAGACCGUCGCGAUGAUGUCCUCCUCGACGAGCAUGAGAAAGUCCUCCUAUUACGUCAACAACAACAACAACAAUUCAUCGACUAGACGCGCCUGGCACGGGCCGCCGGUCCACCAGGACAGCAACGUCUCCUAUAUAUUCAACCACACCGGCGUGUAAUCGCUAUCGUGCGAGCCGAGGGUGCCCUGAGGUAGUCUCGCUUUAUUGUGCAGAUUUAACGAUACCCGCUCUCGAUGUGGGUGGAUAAACCGGAGAGAGAAGAGAGGAUCUUUUGACCUGGUGGCCUUUUCCCAUCUGACGGAUCUCCGGUCCACGCACGGUUGGAGCCGAAAUCUGGCCAAAGUCAGCCGGUCCGAGAAUUAUGGGUCACUCGGGUGAUCGACGCGAUCGUUACUUCGGGCCGGAAGUCAGCGACGGAGGGAUGAUCGAGGGAUUACGAGACAUUUCAAAUGAAGAUUGUAAGAAGACGCGCGUUUCUCGCGGCGGAGACGACUCGUCGUCGUUGCCAUUGUCCUUGAGGAAGACGUCGUUGUUUUUUUGAAUUUUGUCACAAUGUAGCCGCUGCGUGUACGUGUAAUACAAUAGUCGUUAAGACAAGUUCGCCGCGCAAUUGUUCGCUUAGAUACGACACGAUGUGUGUCUAUAGCUUUUUUCCGGAAUCAUUCCAAGACGCGACGACGACAUUACGCUUCAACGAACCUCACGAUUUCUUCAACACGUCGAUGACAUUUGUACGCCAUUUUGAAAAAUAUGGGACAGGGAGAGACGGAGUUUGUUAGAUCCACCAAUUAAAGCGCGCGAGUUUGUUACGAUUGCGGUGCAUACAUCUUCCUUUGCCUGUCGGGCGCGUAAUUAGCGCGACAGGGCAGAGUGGCGGGAUGAUGACUCGGGAUGAUGACUCGCGGGCGAGCGGAUGCGCGCGAGUCGACUCGUUGUCUCUCGACGGCUCUGAUAGACAAUUAGUCGCUGCGCGCGACACUCAUCAGCGAAGUAGCCGCGUAAUUAAAGGGGCGGAAGUGGAGGCGUGCGGAGGCACUUUACGCGGUGCGCUCGAUCGAGCAGAGAAGUCGACGCGGACGGCGAGUGCGACGUAGCGUAAGAAUUGAUUUCGCUCCAUCGGCUCGCGAGGCGAUCGAUCUUGGAGCGGAUUUUCGAUUGCGGAUUAAGAGACGAACGGAUCGCGCGAGGUCGUGUAAGAUAUAUCUCGUUCGAUUCAUGCGGGUUAAUUCAUGUACAACUUCACGAAGGGUAAUUUGUUUAUAUUCUUGCCGGCCCUUUCUGGUGGAAAGGCGUGAUUCUUCAUAAGAGUCACAUUGUUACAUUGAUACAUCCUUCUUUCUCCGAUCCUGCAUUCUAUAAAUAUGACAGAAUGGAGAAGGAAUUUAUUUGGACAGGAAAAAAAUGGGUUAAUCGACUCUUUGUAAACACUACCUCCACAUGUAGAUCAGCAAUUUACUACUGUAUGUACUUAAAAUUAUAUAUACCUUAGGAUUACCUACAUAUAUAUAUUUUCUUACCGAGAGACGUUAAUCGAGUUGGUACUUUUGUCGUUUAUCGGACGUUUAGAUAUUUACGGCUUACGCGAAAUAUAAUAGAAGAGAUUCACGCGAAUGUGUCAGACAUCACCAAGGCGUCUUACUUUAGUGUUUUUUCAUCGCUUUCUUUUUUUAGACGCUUCUUGCACUUUUAUUCGAAAAAUAUUAAUAUUAUAAUUGAUCGUUGGGCGAUUCGAUUUGUAGAAUGGAUUAAUCGAUGAUACCUUCUCUCGUAUGAUUUCUUGCGUUUGCACAAGCGUGAUUUGUCCCCACGAGAGCGAUUCUCUGAAGCUACGCGACGCUUGUCAUAGCUUGUUAUUUUGUCGCGCAAAGAAUCAUCCGUCGAAGAAUCACACUUUUGCGCGGUUUAAUGCGAGCAAUAUCGCAGGUAUCUGCUCGUUAUACAUUUUAAGAUUUCACGACGAUCGACUUCUCUACGGGUUGCUGUUUUCGGGAAGGGAUACUCUAAAUCAUUCAUAGUUGUACAUUGAUAAGUGCGAAUCGCCGGGUUUUACGAUAGAGCAAUUAUUUUCGUAAGGUUUUUAUAUAAGAAAUGAGGGGUGAAUCGUAGGUGUAACACGUUCGCAUGUAUUUAUUACACGGUGGUCUCGAGGCGUUGGUUAAAUUCAUAUCCACCUUAGUGGCGUGACGUCGCCAUUAAGUCGGGCGGUGGCGCGAUUAGGUCUGUAAUGACGAUAAUAAAAUAGAACGAGAGACACACGGGAGACGCGGCCAGUAAAAUGCAAUCAGAAGCGAUAACUGAUUGAAAGAACUCGAGAGAAAGAGAGAGGCGUCGGAACAAUCUUGGGGCUUGAAAUUGGUAUAAUAUUUCGCCCAAUUCAAUUUUGCCAGACACACGAGCGGAAAUGAUCUCUCUACAUUUAUACUGACGUGCAUUUUUCGAUAACAUCGGCAACUGAACUCAUCGAAAUGAUAUCGACUAAUUAUGUCGAUGGCAUAAUCUCUUAGAGAUGUCACUUUAUAUAUGUGUGUGUAAUGAACGGCGAAAAUAUGCGAGUGCAUGAGCAAUGAAUAUGAUACACAAAUAGUAUAAACAUGUAAGGAUCAAACGUGUGUGAAUUUAUCCGCUCCGUCUGUACAUAUAUAUUACAUUCUUACUGUUGUUAUUAAAUAUAUACGCAGAUAUACAUUUGUCCACAUUUGUCAUUUCGUCUAAAAAUAAUAUCUUUUUCACACUGUAGAUUGUUAAUCGUUAUUUCCGAUCGCGAAGCAUGUUUUGUACGCACACGCUUUGUCACGGAUUCUUCAUUUUCCGAUGUUUAUGAAAUAAUUCAGACAGGUUAUGAAUCCGCUGAAAGAAUUUUUGCGUUCAAUUUCUCGAAUUGUCUCGGACACAGCGUGGCAUUUAUCAGAUAUGAUAGAUAUCUUGUAAUUAACGCGAUAAAAAUUACAUUUGUAAAUUAGAUACAUAUAAGAAAAUGUUGUAAUUUUAAGGAAACUAUUUGUAAUAGGGCUACAUAUAUAAAGCCGAUUUGAAAAAUGCCGAUAUAUUUAAAUAUUCAAAUAUUUG